GAUGUUCAAAUUUAUCAUUUCAACAGUUAUUUACCGUAACUGGCUAAAAGUAGGCGUUUUGUUUAAAGAUCAGUCGAUCUGAUCAAUAUUGACUGAAAGAAUGUAUUGUCAGUAUCAUAAAAGAGUAUCAGGAUAUUGAUACUUUAAUUACGAUUGACCUAUAAGACUCGCCCACGAACGACUAACAGCUCAGUCGGUGUUAAUUGUCGAAUCGAUGAACACGAUCGCGAUGACGACCACCAUGUAUAGCCUUCUCGUAUGCAUUGCAUUGUGCCAUGUUCCUGCUCUCGCGCAGGAGUUCGUGUAUCCCGACGUCUUCAACGACCCCGAGAGAGAUGCCUUCCUCUACGGCACCUUCCCCGACGACUUUGCCUGGAGCUCGGCGACCUCCUCCUACCAAAUCGAAGGCGCAUGGAAUGCGGACGGCAAGGGAGAAAGUAUUUGGGAUACGUUUACCCACGAAGGCGGACACGUUUACAACAACGACACAGGAGACGUCGCUUGUGAUAGUUACAACAAAUAUCGUGAAGAUGUAGCUUUGAUGAAGGCCAUGGGACUGAAAUACUAUCGGUUCUCCAUCUCUUGGGCUAGGAUUCUUCCAGAUGGCACCAUCGGCAACAUCAAUGAACCUGGUAUCACCUAUUACAACAACGUCAUUGACGAGCUCCGAGAAGCCGGCAUCGCCCCCAUGGUCACCCUCUACCACUGGGAUUUGCCUCAAGCCCUUCAGGACUUCGGGGGCUGGGACAACGAAAGCAUUGCCCAUCACUUCAAUGACUACGCAAAACUUUGCUUUCAGAGGUUUGGCGACCGGGUCAAGUUCUGGAUAACCUUCAACGAGCCGUGGAUUGUAUCCCUCUUAGGGUACGGCACCGCUGCGUUCGCUCCUGGUAUUGAUGAGAUUGGCACCACUGUUUACAGGACCACCCAUAACAUCAUCAAGUCACAUGCCCUGGCAUACCACACUUACAAUGAUUCAUACAGAGCUGAGCAGAUGGGGCAAAUUGGCAUCACCUUGAAUUCGGACUUUGUAGAACCUUUUGACAGAACCAACGCAACCAGUGUCGAAGCUCACGACCGAGCUCUACAGUUCAACCUUGGUUGGUUCGCCCACCCCAUCUACAUCAACGGAGACUAUCCUGAGAUCAUGAAGACCAAGAUAGCAACCAAGAGUGCUGCUCAGGGUUUCGAACAGUCCAGGUUGCCCGAGUUCACCGAUGAGGAGAAGGCAAUGAUCAAAGGCACCGGCGAUUUCUUCGGGCUGAACCACUACACUUCCAACUACGCCAUCGAAGUCCCGGAGUACCUGGAGAAUCCGCCGAGCUACUGGACCGACUCCGACGUCGGGUCAUGGCAAGAUGACGCCUGGCCCAAGUCCGGAUCGACUUGGCUGAAGAUAGUUCCGUGGGGCAUCCGUCGCUUGGUGAAUUGGAUCCAGGAUGAGUACCACAUGCCCAUCUAUGUGACAGAAAAUGGCGUCUCAACCCGUGAUGUGUACGAGUUAGAUGAUCAAAUAAGGCAGGACUAUUACCGCGCCUACAUCAAUGAGCUUCUUAAAGCUGUUACAUUGGAUGGGGUUGACGUCAGAGGUUACACUGCGUGGUCGUUGCUCGACAACUUCGAGUGGGCUUCGGGCUACAGCGAGCGUUUCGGCAUGCACUACGUGAACUUCUCCGACCCCGCCAGACCAAGGGAAGCCAAGAGGUCAGCAACCAUGUAUGCCGAGAUCAUCGCCAACAAUGGAUUUAUAAGAGAGAAUAUGAUGACGUCUCCGAGUUCGACGACGUCGGGGGCCACAACAAUUUCUAACAAGUCGAUCCUUGGCGUUAUCACCCUGGUUGCCGUUUUCGUGUUCAUCGUCGGUAUGCUGACAGAAACAUCAAACCAUAUUUUAUGGGUGGGUGGUGGUGGCAAGCCCCCAAUCUCCCAUCGAUACGCCUACAACAGUACCCCCUUCUUUUCGUAUUUUAUCAGGGCAUUUUUAAGGGGCAGAGAAAAAAUGAAGGUUUUCAUCACAAGUGUGUUUUUAAUCAUCUUUGCCAAUGUACUUGGUUUUGUGCAUUCUGCCGACGAUCCCGAAUUCGUUUGGCCCGAUGUGUUUAACGACACCGAGAGAGAUGCUCUCAUCUACGGCACCUUCCCCGAAGACUUUGCUUGGAGCUCAGCGACCUCGGCCUACCAAAUCGAAGGAGCUUGGAACUUAGAUGGAAAAGGAGAGAGCAUCUGGGACAAUUUUACUCAUGAAGGUGGCAAAGUGAAGAAUAAUGAUAAUGGAGACGUUGCCUGCGACAGCUACCACAAAUAUCAAAAAGAUAUCGACAUCAUGAAAAACAUGGGUCUCAAUGCCUACCGUUUCUCCAUCUCCUGGCCGCGGGUUCUCCCUAACGGCACCAUCGACAACAUCAACGAAGCCGGUUUAACCUAUUACAGCAGCGUCAUCGACGCCCUUCUCGCUGCGGACAUCACCCCGAUGGUCACCCUCUAUCACUGGGACCUACCCCAAGCUCUUCAGGACAUCGGGGGCUGGGAAAACGAGGACCUGAUUGACCUCUUCAACGACUACGCCAACCUGUGCUUUCAGAGGUUCGGCGAUCGCGUCAAACUGUGGAUUACGUUCAACGAGCCCUGGGUCGUGACUUUGCUAGGAUAUGGCACUGGCGAGCAUGCUCCUGGUAUUGACGAGAUUGGAACCACGGUCUAUACGACAAGCCAUACUAUCAUCAAGGCACACGCCAAGGCGUGGCACACGUACGAUGAUAAUUACAGGCAGACUCAAAAUGGAAAAAUUGGAAUCACGUUGAAUUCCAACUUUGUUGAACCCAUCGAUCGUACAAACCAAAGCAGUGUGGAUGCGGCUGACCGUAGCCUACAGUUCAACCUUGGUUGGUACGCCCAUCCUAUCUUCAUCAACGGAGACUAUCCUGAGGUCAUGAAGGACAGGAUUGGACAAAAGAGUACGGCUCAAGGGUACAACAAGUCUCGUCUUCCGGAGUUCACAGCAGAGGAGAAGGCAAACAUCAGCGGCACCAGUGACUUCUUUGGGUUGAACCACUACACGAGCAACUAUGCCUGGGAUCUUGGAUUGAACCUGGACCAGAACGCAAGCUACUGGUCUGAUUCUGAUGUGGGUGGUGAGCAGGAUGCCGCAUGGCCUUCUUCGGCCUCGAACUGGUUGAAGGUGGUUCCUUGGGGGAUCCGGAGACUCCUGGCCUGGAUCAAGAACGAAUACGGUGACCCGCCGGUGUAUGUGACGGAGAAUGGCUACUCGACGGAAGAUGUCAAAGAACUUGAUGAUGUCAUGAGGCAAAAGUAUUACAAAUCUUACGUGAACGAAGUUCUUAAAGCAAUUCUGAUAGACGAGGUAAAUGUGAAAGGCUACACAGCGUGGUCACUUCUUGAUAACUUCGAGUGGGCAGAGGGUUACACCGAACGCUUCGGGAUGGUCUACAUCGACUUCAGCGACGACGAUCGAACUCGGGAACCUAAAGUCUCGACCGAAGUCUAUGCCGAGAUCGUGGCCAACAACGGAUUCGUAAAAAGCAACGACAACAUGACGACCGAUCCUACGAUGACGACCGAACCUACGAUGACGACGGCAAAAGGCGAUACCCCUAAGGCACUUGGUGUGUUUUUGACGAGCCUUCUGACCCUCGUGACGCAUGCCAUUUUCCGAGAUCUACCACAAAAAUCUCCGUCAGAUGGCCGUGGUCGAUUCGGAAUAAUUCAUCUUUUAGAAUUAAAGCCAAUUAAAGAGAAAAAAAUGAAGGUUUUCAUCACAAGUGUGUUUUUAAUCAUCUUUGCCAAUGUACUUGGUUUUGUGCAUUCUGCCGACGAUCCCGAAUUCGUUUGGCCCGAUGUGUUUAACGACACCGAGAGAGAUGCUCUCAUCUACGGCACCUUCCCCGACGACUUUGCUUGGAGCUCAGCGACCUCGGCCUACCAAAUCGAAGGAGCUUGGAACUUAGAUGGAAAAGGAGAGAGCAUCUGGGACAAUUUUACUCAUGAAGGUGGCAAAGUGAAGAAUAAUGAUAAUGGAGACGUUGCCUGCGACAGCUACCACAAAUAUCAAAAAGAUAUCGACAUCAUGAAAAACAUGGGUCUCAAUGCCUACCGUUUCUCAAUCUCCUGGCCACGGGUUCUCCCGGACGGCACCAUCGGCAACAUCAACGAAGCCGGUUUUACCUAUUACAACAACGUCAUCAAUGCCCUUCUCGAUGCGGACAUCACCCCGAUGAUCACCCUCUAUCACUGGGACCUACCCCAAGCUCUUCAGGACAUCGGGGGCUGGGAAAACGAGGACCUGAUUGACCUCUUCAACAACUAUGCCGAACUGUGCUUUCAGAGGUUCGGCGAUCGCGUAAAACUGUGGAUUACGUUCAACGAGCCCUGGGUCGUGAGUUUGGUAGGAUAUGGCAUCGGCGAGCAUCCUCCUGGUAUUGAAGAGAUUGGAACCACGGUCUAUACGACAGGCCAUACUAUUAUCAAGGCACACGCCAAGGCGUGGCACACGUACGACGAUAAAUACAGGCAGUCUCAAAAUGGAAAAAUUGGAAUCACGUUGAAUGCCGACUUUGUUGAACCCAUCGAUCGUACAAACCAAAGCAGUGUGGAAGCGGCUGAUCGUAGCCUACAGUUCAACCUUGGUUGGUACGCCCAUCCUAUUUUCAUCAACGGAGACUAUCCUGAGGUGAUGAAGGACAGGAUUGGACAAAAGAGUGCGGCUCAAGGGUACAACAAGUCUCGUCUUCCGGAGUUCACAGCAGAGGAGAAGGCAAACAUCAGCGGCACCAGUGACUUCUUUGGGUUGAACCACUACACGAGCACCUAUGCCUGGGAUCUUGGAUUGAACCUGGACCAGAACGCAAGCUACUGGUCUGAUUCUGAUGUGGGUAAUGAGCAGGAUGCCGCAUGGCCUUCUUCGGCCUCGGACUGGUUGAAGGUGGUUCCUUGGGGGAUCCGGAGAAUCCUGGCCUGGAUCAAGAACGAAUACGGUGACCCGCCGGUGUAUGUGACGGAGAAUGGCUACUCGACGGAAGAUGUCAAAGAACUUGAUGAUAUCAUGAGGCAAAAGUAUUACAAAUCUUACGUGAACGAAGUUCUUAAAGCAAUUCUGCUAGACGAGGUAAAUGUGAUAGGCUACACAGCGUGGUCACUUCUUGAUAACUUCGAGUGGGCAAAUGGUUACACCGAACGCUUCGGGAUGGUCUACAUCGACUUUAGCGACGACGAUCGAACUCGGGAACCUAAGGUCUCUACCGAAGUCUAUGCCGAGAUCGUGGCCAACAACGGUUUCGUAAAAAGCAACGACAAUGUGACGACCGAUCCUACGAUGACCGCCGAGCCUACGAUGACGACGGCAAAGGGCGAUACCCCAAGGGCACUUGGUGUGUUUUUGACGAGCCUUCUAACCCUCGUGACGUAUGCCAUUUUCCGUUAGGUUCAGAACCAUAUGCACUCUGGAACCAUCGGGGGGGGGGGGGCGGGCCGGGGGAUUAGGGAGGGGAGGAAGGAGGGGCACAAAGCAUUGUGGACUCGACGCAUAGGUCCGUAUUCCGAAGUCGGGUUUAACUUAAACCAUGGUCUAAGUCUGGUCUAAAAUUAUGGGGAGCCAAAAAACUAAAACAAUUCU